GGUGUGGUGUCCACACGUGGCCCGACACAGCUCACCUCACCGACGCGCCCACCUCAUCUCUUGCUCUCUCCAGAACCCUCCCUCCUCCGGGCCUCCCGUGUCCGGAGCAGCAACCCUGCGAGCUCAAGAACAGCAAGCAAGAACCAUCGCCCGGCACGAAUCGAUCAGGCGCCGAAAAGGGACGCCGCACCGAUUAAUAAGACUAUCAGUAACCAAUUCCUGUGCUAAAUCGUGUGGUUUCAGCAAUGUCUGGAAAGUACAUCAUCGCUGGCCUUGCUGCCUCCUUCGUCAUCGCAUAUGCUUCCGAUGUCCUAGUGGCACAGAAGAAGGUUUUCGGAGGCACAACACCAAGGACUGUGUCGGACAAGGAGUGGUGGGAGGCGACGGACAAGAAGUUCCAGGCCUGGCCUCGCACUGCUGGGCCUCCGGUGGUCAUGAACCCCAUCAGCCGGCAGAACUUCAUCGUCAAGGACCUCAAGCCUUGAUCCGGCGGAGGCGCUGAUGGACCAAACUGGGCACACGGUGAUAAACUGAUGGUUGUUGCUACAAGCUGCCUGUGCUGUGUCCACAGAUUAGUAGACGUACUUGGUCUGAAUAAAUCAGUGCUGCCUUUAGUCCAGUGCAGUCUUGUCUCUUCUGAAGCAUAUUUGCUUUAGACAUUUGUCAUCCUGGAUGAUUGCCCUUGAUGUGCGGCCUGAACUUUGUUUGUGUGCUCUCUCUGAGGUGUCGGCUGUCGAGUGAUCCGUGUCGCGCUGGGUGACUGGAAUAUGUGCCUUGCCUACUGAUGAAAGAUUUGGGCUAGUUGCCUACUGGAAUAUGUUUUUUCCCCUCUUCUAAUAAAAAUUCGGCAAAUCUCUUGCCGUCCGUUCAAAAAAAAAAAGAUUUGGGCUGGUUGCUUCAACCCCAGCUUCCAGUCUUCCAAAUGCCCUCUCAUUGUGAGAUCAAGAUGGCCGGCCACCUCUUGGCAAGAAUCUUGCCGUCGAUCGAGGCGCUUCUUUAGUGUCCCGCACGCGUGUCGUCUGCGUGCGUGUCCGUUAGAAAUGCACGCACGCUGCUGCUGCUUCGCUUUGGUCAAGGGUUGCGGUGAUCUGCUGCCGGAUUCAUUGGGAUGACACGGCUGUAAAUUUUGUCAGGUAGAUCACCAUAAUCUUGGAAGAUCUCGUGUUUUGACUGAACUCCAACAGGUUGUUUUCUUCAGAAUCAGAAGAGAUGAGCAAAAAGGCGGUGGCCGGUGGCACACGCAGCUAGCGACGCCUCUCUCUCUCUCUCCACCGACCAGCGGCGGGGGCUAUAAAACUGCCACGCCCAACCCCUAUGGCAUCGUGUCGCCACGCCAUUACUGAGCAGAGACCACCUCCUCUGCACUCUGCACACGUCGUCGCGUCCCCGAUCAGGGAGCAGUAAACUAACACGGGAGUGGUUUAGUGAUUCAGCAGCAAGGGGAGAGGACGACCGUACCGAUAGGUGGUAAGUUCUUGCUUUGCUCUCCCCGCGGUAGCCGGUAGAUCCACUUCUUCGCUGACCAUACUUUGCUCCGGCUAGCUAGCUGCCUGUCCGCUGCUCCAUGUCCAUGGCCACGAGAGCGAUCGCCGCCGCCCGCCGGAGUGGGCUCGCCGCCGCGCUCUCCUCGUGCAGGCGCGGAGGAGCUCGGGGUCUGUCGCACAGCAGCACCCAGCAGCUUCGCCGGGAGGAGGAGCAGAGCGCCGACCGUCACGGCGAGGCGGCGGCAGCGGUGACCGCGGCGCAGGUGGAGGCGUCGCUGAACCGCAAGAACGUGGAGGUGGUCCAGGGGGACCGGUCCGCGACGCUGCUCCCGGGCGACGCCGUCGACGCGCUGGGAGACGUGGGCGCCGAGGCCGACGACGCCUGGGUGCCCGACCAGGAGACGGGCGUCUUCGUCCCCGCCGAGGAGGCCGCCGGCACCAGCAGCGGCAGCUGCAGCGACGGCCCGCACGAGCAGCCUGCUGGGCCGUCGGUGCUGGACCAGGCGGUGUUCGUGCGCGAGGACAUGGAGGACGUCGAGAGGCCCGCCGUCGACAUGACCGGCGCCGACGCCAAGUGAACGUCCGCGCCGCCGCCGCCGCCGCCGUGUACCCUUGUUAAGUGUCGGUCUCGGCGGACCCGUAGGCCUGUAGCUGCAACUAGUAAUCGAGGACGAUAGCUGUAGCAAAUAAGCUUCCUCCCUGAUGCAAUAAAUUACUUGUAUCCUCUUUCUAUAAGGUUCCAGAAGUCACUGCUAGUUCAGAGCUCCAAGAAUUUGCAUCACAUUCCAGUAGUCUCUGUUACCUGUCAGUGAAGACACUGUACCCCUGUUCUCUGUUUAAGACACGGAAGAAGGAAAUGAAGCAUAGCUUA